CCAUCCCCCCCCCAUCCAUCAUCGUCAUUGAGAAUAAUCUCCGCGUUGGCCCCAACUCACCAGAACCAUCACCAUCACCAUCGGGCCGCUACUGCCACGCCUAUGACGCUGGUGGCUGCCACACGAUAUUCCCCAUUUCCUCCGUCUCGCUUCUUCUAGACCCCUUCUUCCACCACCCUCGUUCAGCGUUGCCCCCCAACACAGGCGAUCUCGAUCUCAGGCCACAGAACACAGACCACAGACGGUUUCCUCUCUACCUAUUGUCCGUCUCGUCACCAUUGGACGUCCUCGCCAUCGAUUUCGAUUCCUCUCCCCCCCCCCAAUCCCGCUCCACCAUGGAGUCCCGCGGCAGCUCAGAUCGCGGGCGGGAAGGCGGCCCGCGCAAAUACGCCUAUAACCGCGAGGGCGCAAGGGAGCGAGAGAUGCACCUCUACCUUCCCUACUGGGGCUAUUCCGAUACGGAAAAGUUUGCCCAGCAGUCUGUCGGCGACCAACCCAACGUCUCGCGCGACAAUGUCUUGACCGUCUUCGCUCAGCUCGCCGCCGUUCGCAUGCACGCUCGGCGCGCUCUCAUAUCCCUGUUCGACCGGGACAUGCAACAUAUCGUGGCCGAGGCAACCCCGACUCUCUCCCUGCGCAGUCAUGAACAAUCCAAAGCCCUGUGGCUGGGGGUGCAGCGGCUCCCGCGCCGCCAGGUCACCCUGUGCUAUCAUGCCAUGCAUGCUUUCGUCGAUGAGGGACGGGAUAUGUUUGUCGUCAAUGACCUGACGCAGGAUGGCCGCUUCAAGAGUGAUUCGUCCGUCAAACAACACCCCCAUAAUAAAUUCUAUGUGUCUGUGCCCAUUUGCUCACCCGAUGACUAUGUAAUCGGGAGUGUGGCCGUGCUGGAUGACCGUCCCAGGCACGGGGUGACACAGGAGCAGGAGCUGUUUCUGAAGGAGCUCGCGGCAACCGUCAUGGAUCAUUUGCUUGCCCAACGCGCCAUGCGCGAGGAAUAUCGGGAGGAGAAGAUGGUGCGCGCAUUGGGGCUGUUCGUGAAGGGAAAAUCGGAUCUAAACGACUGGGUUAAUAGCUGGGACGCUUCCAAUCGGAAAUACGGGUCUCAGUUAGUGUCCGUGAGUAAAAAGUUAGAGCAGCUACAGGUUGCUGGGUCGGGUGAUGAGGACGAAGGCGAGGAACAGGCCCCCGACACCGUCAAGCCUAACCCGGUUCAGGACACCGCAAAAAAGAGGAACAAAGACGUAUCCCCGGUGCACACUUAUGAGAGUCAAGGAAAUGAUGAGAGCAGGGAGGGGAAAUCCGACGACAAAGGCAAAAGACACCGGCCAAAGCUGUCGCCCACGACCAGUCAGCUGCAAGACUCCCUCGCUCCCACCAGCGUUCGGACCGUGGUUAAUCGUGCCGCGGUGAUGAUUUAUCAGGCGCUGGAUGUGGAGGGGACACUGUUUAUCGAUGCAAGCGUGUACGCUCGUCGCCAAACCGUCGGAUCCCCUGGAGGCCCGGAUGACCCAGAUACCUACAACGUCGAACAUCAAACAGAUCGUGACGGACCGAUUCCAUCCGCCUCGCAUCCAGGCAGUGGGUCGGAUUCUAGCUCUGUGGACGAAGGUAAAGAAGGUAGGAGCCUUGUACUCGGUCAUUUCACGUCAUCCGGGCAGGACGAAAAGCCGGGAGAUAGUCAUUAUGUCUCGCUUUCCGGUGCUUUCGUAAGCCAUCUCAUCGACCAAUAUCCUCGGGGGAAGAUCUUCCAUAUCGAGGAGGAUGGCUCCAUCUCCCUGAGUUACGAGGGGCUUGCAGAGGAAAUCCACUACACGACAAGUGGUAACCGCGGAGCCCUGACCACGGAGGCGGAAAAGAUGAACAUCCAACAGGAAACCAUGGAUAUCAAGCAACUGAUGAAGGUCCUCCCCAAAGCGAGAUGUAUUGCAAUCUAUCCCGUAUGGGAUUUCCAGCGCAGCCGCUGGUUCACGGUCCAGCUGGUCUGGACGAAUGACCCGGGGCGGGUGCUAUCAGAACCAAAGGACUUAACUUACAUGGCGGCAUUCAGCAAUACCGUCAUGGCGGAAGUCUCUCGCUUGGACCUUGAGGCGGCCGAUCGAGCGAAAGGCGAUUUCAUUUCCUCCAUCUCUCAUGAGCUCCGGUCCCCCUUGCAUGGCCUCUUAGGGACCGCGGAGCUACUGCAGGAGAUGGUAAGCAACUAUGCCCAGCGAUCCUUGAUCGAAACGGUGUACAGCUGCGGUCGGACAUUGCUGGACACCCUGAAUCACUUGCUUGACUAUGCCAAAAUCAACACCCUCACAAGAUCACGCCCGUCAGACCAACCGGGCAAAUACGGAGAACCGGACGUCUCUAGACCCAAUACAGCCGUUCCUGGCACUCCCCAAGACGAGGACCUCAGUGUCUUGGUGCAGGAGGUGAUCGAAGGUCUCCUUGCCGGUGCAGAAUAUCAGCGUCGCGGGUCAACGGAUGGUAGCGAUGCGAAGCAAGACGGCCAGUUGUCAAAGGCUCGACUGAUGACCAUUGUGGACAUGGAAUGGCAUGAAAGCUGGCAGUUUAAUGUUUAUGCUGGUGCCUGGCGCAGAGUCGUUAUGAACCUCUUCGGGAACGCCCUCAAGUACACGCGGACCGGUUAUAUCCGGUUGUUGAUGAAGAAAGACACGCUCAAGGGACAGGACGGAAACCGCAUGCCUGCUGUUCGCAUGAUAUUCAGUGACUCCGGACGCGGCAUGUCUCAAGAUUUUCUUACGCACCACCUGUACAGCGCCUUCCUGCAAGAGGACACAACCUCUCCCGGCUUGGGUGUUGGCCUUCACCUGGUGCAUCAGAUUGUCCGGUCUUUGAGCGGGAGCAUCCAUUUCUCCAGUGAGAUCGACCGGGGAACCCAGGUGGAUGUUGUUUUACCGGUGAUGGCACCAGAACAGCCAUUGUCCUCUUCUCCAAACCCCUAUGAGCCCUUGAGAGAGAAGAUUAGCGGCAUGACAAUUUCACUAUUCACGCGGAGCUCUCAGCAGGGUAAUUUGGGAUUUGACCCAGUUGUCCUUGACGAUAUACUGAUUAACCUGCGACGCAUGAUGUCCGGAUGGUUCGGGCUGCGUGUUCUCACUCGGGAAGAACUUGAUACUACGAAACCCGACUUUACCAUCGUGACAGAACGAGAAUACUGCGAUCAUUACCUACGAGGUCCGAAUGAGGCCCAGUCGGAGACUGUUGAGAUCCGGCCUUUGUAUCCCUUGAUCGUUCUCAGUGAACGGAUAAGCAGCUGGAAGACCUUGGGCGAAGGUGUCGAUGAUCCGAUCAUCUUCCUCACGCAGCCGGUGAGCCCGAAAACGUUGGCAAAGGCAUUUGAGCAUUGCAUAUACGGGCCUGAACAUGGAGAACUUUUCACGCCGAAUAAGCCCCCUUCACCUGCCCAAUCGCCGCCAAGUGGAAGUGGGGAAUCCAGCAGCGGACAAGAUAUGAUCCAAUUCCAAGCCUCGGACAUGGCAGCACUUCCUAAGAACGGAAAGCCGUCGAAGAGCAUCCUACUUGUUGAAGACAACCAAGUCAACCUGCAGAUCAUCGAAAUGUGCGUAAAAACCGCUGGAUUCGAGUACCAAACCGCCCGGAAUGGCCUGGAGGCAUUGGAAAAGUUCCGGGCCGGGAGAUACGACGCUGUAGUGAUGGCAGAUGUGUCCAUGCCGGUAAUGGACGGAUUAUCCGCCACACGGCAAAUGCGCCACCACGAACGACGGAAAAAGCUGCCCCCAGCCACCAUCAUUAUUCUGACUGCUUUCAUCUCGGGCUCGACCCAGCAGGAGACGCUGAGGAGCGGGGCGAACAUGUUUCUGACGAAGCCAACGCCGCUCAAGCAGCUGAAAGAGAUUCUGAAAAAAUUAGCAGAAGGAAAGGACGUCGUUUCUCCUCAAUCAUGA